AUGCCGUUACUGAUAACUCACACAAACGACUUGACCUCUCUAGCCUUGACAAAUUCCACUCUCCACAACCUCGCGGUGCCUCAUAUAUAUGCCAGGUUCGACAUUGUCUGGCCCGAUGCCCACAUGACCUCGUCCGAUACCAAGAGUGUGGAUGCGCUGACUUACGGGCUAUCGACUUUGUGCCUUGGCAGUUCCUUUGCGCGCACAACCCAGCGUCUCUUCGGAAACGGCGUACGGCCUGGACGCCAGCUGUCCAAGUUCGUCGGAAACGAGUAUGCCAAGUACACCCGCAAGUUCUCGCUUGGAAACGGGCCCAAUGACUGGGUUGCCGAGUAUAUGAUUACGAAGGAGAGCGGGAAGAUGCUUGGAACGCUGGUCGCAUUAGCUGUGGCAAAGAUGGUGAAUCUGGAAACGUUCGUCUGGGACAUGCCAACCGGGGUGCUAUCAGACAUAUUCAUGGCUCUGUCUUCGCUGCCGGAGCAACACUCUAACCAGGAGUGCAAAUUGGAAAGAGUAUGGAUAAGGUGGCAUGACAACAACGAGAGCCCGGCGUCAUCGUCGAGUUCCAGUCCAAGUUCAACAUCGCAGCCUACGGCAGUUGUUCCGCUAGGUAGCACCCUGACUCCCAUCGGCAUUUCAUUACCGCCUAGUGCUGCUCACCCAGCACCUCGACCGGCAAUUCCUUACUCAGAGAGCCAGGUCGAAUACCCCACAUUCAGCGUGUUGCCAGCUCUCAAGAGCCUGACAGUAUUGGACAUCGAUGAGCUAGCUUACUUGGAUGAGAUGGCCGUUUUGGUCGAGAGGUCGAAGGAUAAGCUGCAGGAGCUACGAGUUGGUGUUUCGAGCAAGGCAACGCACAAGGACUUUGUCCAGACUUGGGAUGGCGAUAAGUUGCAGCAGAUUGAUCACAAUGCCAGAUGGCCAGGCGAGAGCACCAUAGGUGAGAGACGAUUGGGAGGAGUUCUUGGAGUCCUGGUGGGCCGGGUCUAUGACAUACGACGCAAAGGUGGCGGGAAGGCGCGAGAGCCUAGUGUAACGCAACCGGCCACGUCUGAUGAGAUACCCAUCGCGGGAAGUUCAUCGCAAGCAGCCGGAGUCGGGCAUGAUGGCAUCGGCUCAUCUCCAGCCAACCAGGGCGAAGUGGUCGUGUCGUCCGAGUUGCAAGCAUCGGAGCCAGCAGCGACCUUGGGAACUCCGCUCUCUCCUCAGCAGACAUUCGCAAUGGACCUUCCGACCGCAAGCCCAGAGAAAUCAAGCAGUUCGCUUCGCUCGAGAUUGACUCGUGCCACAAAGGCAGAAGGCGUCGGCCGGAAGAGGUUGGAGGGCAAAUUGAAGCUCCAGACGCUCGAGCUGGAGAGAAUACCGUUAUCCAUGCAAGUCUGCGCCAAAGCCUUCGACUGGACUGUUUUGACCAACCUGACUAUCUUGGAAUGUGCACAGCAUGAGAACCUCUGGAAACUCUUGAAGAAGCAGUUCCUUCCAACCCCCAUGGUUGCCGGCUUCGGGAUAUCCCCCAGCUCGAGCAAACAAGUACAAAACGCACCGUUGCAGUAUCACCUCAACCUGAAGCAUAUCCACACCGACAUCACAUCACCUGCACUGAUCAGCUUCAUCAAGGAGACACUGGCACCCAACACCCUAGAGGCCCUGUUUCUACAGGAUCGACGACGGGCCAGCGGACCACCGCCGGUAACUAUCGAUGCGAUCUUCCGAGGGGCUUUGAAGCGGCAUCGGUUGAGUCUUCGCAAGCUACUUUUAGACAGUGCCGCAAAGGCUUUGGCUACAGGAUCCGGCCCAGAGAAUAUUAGGUGGCGGAACUGGGUGCUCUCAACGGAGAUGAUUCUAUACAUCACAAGUGGUCGCAUGAGCAACUUGAGGGAGCUGGCUGUAUCCAUGGACUACAGGGACUGGCACACGUUCUUGCAGCGCCUCCCAAACGUGCCACAGCUUCGCUCCCUCAACAUCCCAUACAUUGCUGACCACGUCAUCGGCAAUUUCGAACCCAAGGAACUAGCGCUCCAGAUCGCGGACAUAAUCACACUGAGACCAGAAAUACAGCUCUGCUAUGUUGGCAUCUCAACAAAAUGUUUUGAAAUCCUGGAGACGCCCCUGUCCGACAAGACCGGGAAUGGCCUCCUCAACGGCGGCUUGUCAGACAGCCCUAUCGACAGCGUGACGGGGGCCCACAGUGGCCUAGUCACUGUAGUAGAUGCAUCAGAUGAUGGAGAGAGCGUAGAUACAAGCGACGAUGAGAACGACGAUGACGAUGACGAUAACGACGAGACGGAGGACGAAGAUGAAGGCACCCCCACUAGCCCUACUGACCCUGAUGAGACACAGUCGGAGCAUUCAGACGGGGCGGACUCGGAGGACUCGUUCGUCGAACCGGAUAGCGGCAGCAAGACUCGCCUGCGUCUACGCGAAAUCUUGUUCUACGACGACAAGGUGGCCAUCUUCAAAGCCCGCCAUGGGAGACUGUAA